AAAUCAGGGGGAAACGAUUUUUCUUUAAGAAAACCGUAUCUAUUCGGUGUUGAAAUGGCCAACUACAUUCACGUUCCCGAGAGCGCCCCUGUUGUGCCCAAAUUAGAUGUCACUGUAGACGAACAUGAUUACAGAAUUGGGGCGCUGAAACUCAUCAAGGAACUGCGACCUCACUGGAAGCCAUCAGAGGUCAAAAUGAAGUGCUUUACUGAUGGAAUAACCAAUAAGCUGAUUGGCUGCUGUGUGGGUGGUGUGAUCCAGGACAUGGUACUGGUGCGUAUCUACGGCAAUAAGACAGAGCUGUUUGUGGACCGUGAGAAUGAAGUUAAGAGUUUCCAAGUACUGCAAGCUCACAGAUGUGCCCCACGCCUCUACUGUACCUUCAACAAUGGCCUCUGCUAUGAGUUCCUAGAAGGCACUGCCUUAGAGCCAGAGCACAUUCGCAACCCUGCUAUUUUCAGGCUAAUCGCCCGCCAGCUGGCAAAGUACCAUGCCAUCCACGCUCACAAUGGCUGGGUGCCCCAGUCCAACCUCUGGUUGAAAAUGGGAAAGUUCUUCUCCCUGGUGCCCAGUCAUUUUCAGGAUCCAGAGAAGAACCUGAGGUUUAACACAGAAGUUCCCAGCACUCAGUGUCUGAGAGACGAGUUGGUUUGGCUUCAGCGGAAUCUGUCCACACUGGGUUCUCCCAUAGUUCUCUGUCACAAUGACCUGCUCUGUAAAAACAUCAUCUACAAUGAGGCUGAAGGUCAUGUAAAGUUCAUUGACUACGAAUAUGCUGGAUAUAAUUACCAAGCCUUUGACAUUGGGAACCACUUCAAUGAGUUUGCAGGUGUGAAUGAGGUGGACUACAGUUUGUACCCUGGGCGGAGCCUUCAGCUGCAGUGGUUGAGGGCGUACCUGGAAUCCUACAAAGAGCACAAGGGUCUGGGCCGUGAGGUGUCCAACACUGAAGUGGAAGUCCUGUUCAUACAGGUCAACCGCUUUGCCCUGGCAUCUCAUUUCCUAUGGGGACUGUGGGCAUUGAUCCAGGCCCAAUAUUCGACCAUCGACUUUGAUUUUUUGGGAUAUGCAGUUCUUCGCUUUAGUCAGUACUUCAAAAUGAAACCAGAAGUGAUGGCGCUGAACUUUCCGGAAUAAACCUACAGCUGGAGAUCGAAGCUGCACUUUGGUAGAAAAGUUUUCCCUCGGCGGUUGGAGGGGGGAGCUCUGUUGUCGACUGUUUUAAUACUGCACUUACUCCACUGAACUAAUGACUAUAGGAAAACCCACAUCUCUCUCUCCCAUGAACAUCACUGAUGUGUUUAGGUUUGAUCACAGUGCUCCAAAAGUGUCCUCCCCCUGGAUGAGUAUAUGGGCAGACAUUUCCUCAUCUAGGUAGUUUACAAUCUUAAACUACCAAGUUAGUGUUACUGAGGCAAUAUUCAGUCAGUAAAAGGAUUCAAUUUGGUGAGCUCUGGUAAUGUUUUACAGUUUCAGUACAGACAUUCUACUCUGACUCCAGCCACGAGCCAGGGAGACAAAGACCAACUCCAAACAUACCGCAACUCUCCCCCAACACGCUGACUGUGCUGGGUCUAUAUCAGUUCUGCCCUAGCUCAGAGCUUACACAUUUAAAGAUUAGCAUCCAUAUUAUUUGCUCACACAGUGUUACAUGGGAUUGGUGUCAAUCACAUACAACCAUACUGUAGAAGAUAUAGAGUUCCCACAUGUUUACAUAGUGUCCUGUCAGGACAUAAGUCUGCAAGCUGUAAAGUAAAUGUAUGUUUACCAUAAGCAUGGUGCCAGUGCCAUGAACCUGUACGGAUGUGAAGAAAUUGUACCCCUUAACCCAGACUCCCACCACCACCACACAAACAGGAAACAAACAAAAAACCAGUGAGUUUAAUGUAGCCAGCUCCACUAAAGCAACGUGUGUGAUUCAGGGACCAAUAGAUUUGUUGUUUUUUCCUCUCUGAAUGAUGUUUGCUAUCCUUACUGGAAUCCCUAACUGGAUCCACGUCAUGAACUGGUUGCUCCUGUUCUUACUAAGGUGUUAGGGAGAAGCUGAGAGUAUCUCUGAGGCUGUAGUUAUACAGACACCAAACUGCUGAUUUCUCUCACUUGUAUAUGAUGCACAUAGACUUUUUCCCACUUAGAACUGUUGAGUGAUUGAGUGGUAUUUACGUUUAAUGAGGGAGAUUUUUUUUAUGUAUAGAUAUAUUCACACACACAUUUAAGCGAAAUUAUUAAAGGCAUUAUGAGUUCGUUGAUGUGUGCUUGUAAUGAUCGCACAGCCUGAAAGCCUUAAUUAGGAGAGCACUUGAUAGAACAGAGAGGCCUCUCUCAUUCAGAUUUAUCUGACAUCAUCACACUGAAGCUAGUUACAUUAGUCUGUAGUUGUCUCGUACACCUACUAUAGAACAUUAUAAAACACUCUAUCCCCACAGCACAGAGAAUAUCCUUAUGGCAGUGACCAACUCUUAGUCUUAACUUUCUUUAGCAGAACUUGCCUUGUUUUUUUUUUGUUUUUUUACUUGGUUUAAUUACUUACUUUUCUGUCAUGUCUUUCAACUAACCUGUGUCCGAGUCCAAUUUUCAUUGUUCUUUUUAUGUACCACUCACAACUUGUCUUCAUCAAAGAUUACUGACAGCUGAACAUGUUCAACUCAACCAGAGCUUCUAGCAGGUGUAUGUUCAACUCUGUGUAUUGUCGUGCUCCCUUUCCAGACAUUUGUAGUCUGGAAUGGUAACACAUGUACAGCUCUACAUGUACAGCGCAAAAUGUAAUAUCUUUGCUUAAGCAGUGUCAAAUGUGAAUAACUGUACAUAGGAGAGCUCUGCUGUUUUUUUCUAAGAAAAAAAAAAGUCAAGUAAAAUUAAUCUGGAGGAAAAGAAUAAACAACUGUGAAAUUAUGUUGCAUUUAGACUCUGUGUUCAAGUUCUAAGGA